AUGGCCACAGGAGCGUUUGGUAGAGGCCAGAAAAAUGAGGCAUUCCGUUCAUUACCAAUCAUGAAAUCUCCAAGACAACUAGCAUUGAUGUUACGGCUCAUAAAAGUGUUACUGGUAAGAGCAGGAGUGGAAGAGAAUCCGGGUCCAUUGACCAAUGAGAAAUCAGAGGUUACAAAAGAAAUGUAUGAACUUGGUUGCAAAAUAAAAGCAUGCGACCAACAAACUGAAUUGAAAGAACAGGCAGACCUCAUGUGCCAACUUGGACAAGAGUAUAUCAAAUCAGCAGAGACCUCUGAUAUCUGGUACGAACACUACGUUUGGUCCUGUGCAUUAUAUAAUGCAGCCAAGUGUCGAAUUAAGAAAUUGAUUAGAAAAGAAACUGAUGACUCAAACCCAGAUUUAGCAGAUGACUUGGAACCUAGAAUGAAGAAAAGACGUCUUCAUCCCAGCUUGGAACACAUUGACGAACAGCUCCAGGUUUUGGAAAGUAACUUUGUAAAGAAGUGCAGGGCUGCAAACCACGGUGAACUCUCAACAAAAGCCGCAACACAGAAGUACACAGACACACUUGAAAAUAUACGAGAGUACUCCAACACCACUGUGAAUGACAUCAUCGAAAAAUACAUGGUAGUUGAUGAUGUGACCACAGAGAUGAAAAAUGAAGAUGAAGACAACACAAUAAAACACAGCAAGGUUUUUUAUAAUGGACUAACACAACAGCUUUUAGAUUUCUAUGAGUCUAUCAUCAAUGAUUGUUUUUCUGUUUUAGGAUAUCCUGAUUGUAAGUAUGCAUUCAUAGCACUUGGUUCAAUAUCACGUAAAGAGGUCACUGCCUAUUCAGACCUUGAGUGGGCAAUACUGUUUGAUCCUUUAGGUAAACCAGUCGAUCAUAUCAGAAUUCAACUGCUUAUGAUGGCUUAUUACAUGCAUUUGAAGGUGCUCAACCUUGGGGAAACCUUGAUAAACUGUUUGGACAUACCCGUUCUAUCAGAUUUUAACAAGCAAUUACCACCUGACAUGAAGGACAAUGACUUCUUUGACAAAGUGACCACUGGAGGCGUUGCUUUUGACGGGACUCUGCCUCAUGCCAGUAAGACACCCAUUGGGAGGAAAUCAAGAGUAGAUCCAAAUAAACCUCCCAAACUUGAACUUAUCAUGACAAUUGAUGAGAUGAGUAAAUUCCAGUUCACAGACGAAUCACUUAAAGAGGGUUAUCACCUUAGUGAUGUUCUUAUGACAUCAACUCUCAUAACUGGAGAAUUUGCUUUAUGGGAGCAAUACAAUGAUAAAGUACAUUUCAUAUUAUCAUCACCAUCUGAAACUAAUCCAGACAUCACUGUUGGAAGAGAACGAGCAGUAAGAAUAUUGGAGGAAGACCUAAGGAAAUACAGUGAAAAGCCUCUAUCACCAGAAUCAUUCACUCAGAAAAUGCGCACCAAGCAUGAUAUAUACAGAUUUGCAACAAUCACUAUCAACAUUCUGAAGCUCAUGCAUGGUUGCAAAUCAUUUGCGCCCCUAGAUAUAUUGGAAGAAUUGAGAGAGAAUGGUAUUCUAACUGAAGGGGCAACACAAGAUCUACAAAUCAUGGUUUGUAGUGUCAUUAACCUUAGACACUUGGUCUAUGGAAGGUAUAAGCAACAAAAGGAAUUCAUUUCAUUCUUACCAAGUGACAACCAAGUUGAUGAUGACGCAAUAGUAAUGCCAGUUAGAAGUUUUACAGCAAUUCUACGAUUUUUUAAUACAUUUAUGCCUUGGUGUGAAUUCCUCAAAACAAACCUGAAUGUUAGUGGCACCUGGGCAUAUAGCAAGAGAUACAUUGAAGAAAGCAAUAAAGUGAAAGCCCACUUAUAUAAGAACAUUUUCUUUUUCAAGAGGGCGCUACACGCUUAUAAAACAGAGUUACAAAAACUUCAAAGCCUUGAUACGGGAGAGAAAGAGGGGGAAAUAGCUUCUACUCACACUGCAAUAGGUUUACUAUAUCAGUCACAAGGAUUCUACUCAGAUGCGCUGCUACAUCAUAAUGAUAGUCUGAAAAUAAUCAGAAAAACCGAUGAUAAAAAUGGGGUCUAUGGAUCACUUAACAACAUAGGCCUUGCAUAUAGAAAAAUGGGAGAUCUGACUAAAGCUCUGGAAUGUCAAAGAGAUAGUCUUGCAAUCAAAAGACUAAUCCAUAAGGACAAUCCCCAUCCAGAGAUUGCUGGUUCACUUGACAACAUUGGUCUCGUGUAUAGAAACAUGGGAGAUCUGACAAAAGCACUAGAAAGUCAUCAAGAAUGUCUUACAAUCAGAAGAUUAAUCCACAAGGACAGUCCCCAUCCAGAUGUUGCUGGUUCACUUGACAACAUAGCUCUCGUGUAUCGAAACAUGGGAGAUCUGACUAAAGCACUAGCAGGUCAUCAAGAAAGUCUUACAUUGAGACGAUUAAUUUACAAGGACAGUCCCCAUCCAGAUGUUGCUAGUUCGCUUGACAACAUAGGUCUUGUGUAUACUGACAUGGGAGAUCUGACUAAAGCACUAGAAAGCCAUCAGAAAAGUCUUACAAUGAGAAGAUUAAUCCACAAGGACAGUCCCCAUCCAGAUGUUGCUAGUUCACUUAACAACAUAGGCAAUGUGUAUGGCAACAUGGGAGAUCUGAAUAAAGCACUUGAAUAUCAUCAAGAAGGUUUGGCAAUGAAAAGACUAAUGCACAAAAACACUCCCAACCCAGAUAUUGCCACAUCAAUGAUGAACAUAGGUAUCACUCACCAGCUAAUGGGGGAGCAAACAGAAGCAUUGUCGUAUUACCUUGAGUCUCUAAGCCUUGCUCGUCAGUAUGGAGGGGAUUCACACCCUCAUUACAAAAGAGCAUUGGAAUGGAUUGACAAGUGUAAGGAAUAAACUAUGCGUCCAUGCACUUUUGUAUAACACUGGCG